GCCAUCGUUCAUGAGCAGCUGAUGCAAGCUGGCUUCCUCAAUCGGCCGUCCCCACCACUGGCACGACGGCAGAGGGAGAAUGCACAGCAACCGACACAAAACGUCGUAAAGUUGGACCAGGCCUUUUCAUGGGGUCCAAGCAAAGAUGUACUGCGCGAGCACAACUCCAACGAUGAUGCAGGUGCGGUAUCGUUUCUUCGCAACGACGCCGGCAAGCCCACAGCGCGUUUCGAUGUUGGCGAUAUUUGCGAAGUCGUCGGUGGUGCGCUAGUCCGCGCUUCGGAAGAGCUUGACAGUGACAAGAUUGGUCAGCUUGUGGAUGGGUGCCGAGCAGAAGUCGUGGAAGUAGGUUCAGGGCCUACUGGCAAGCGGAUCGCGAUCGAAGACACAGACGGCCUGAGAGGAUGGGUGAGUGUGGUGGCCACCACAGGCGAAACUCUCGUUCGAAUCGUCGAGAAGGAGCUGCGAGGCGAAGCUCGGGCAAAGAGGAUUGAAGCCGCUGCGAAAGCAGCACGGCACGACUGCAGCAAACCCACAGCGCGCUUUGAUGUUGGAGACGUCUGUGACGUCGUCGGAGGAGCGAUCAUGCGAGAGAGCGAGGAUUUGGAUAGUCGACAGCUGGGGAAGCUGCAGAACAAAAGCCAAGUGAAGGUUGUGGAGAUUGGUACUGGGCCAACAGGCAAGCGUCUGCUGGUGACCGAUGACACAGGUCGUGCAGGUUGGAUAAGCGUGGUCUCAUCUGAUGGUACUCAACUCCUGCGUCCUGUGAAGACGCCGGAACUACCAUUGCCCGAGACUCCGCAGGAGAUGCAGCUCAGCAAGCAGGUGACGCACGUGGUCGCCCCCCAAGUUCGCAAGGAGGUGCUUUCGCAAGCGCUGGCCCCCUUCGUGGAACCCGCAGUCCUGGUCAGUUCCUCUCGAGCUCAGCGCGGUUUCGAUUUGGAAAUUUCUUACUUGGAGAGGGAACACAUGGAGCAGCUCUUGGCGGACAAGUUUGCUACCGAGGGUGUCCAGGAGCCCAGCUACGACCAUGUCAAGCUCCGCGAUGCAAAGGGAAAAUGGUACAGGCCUGGCGAAGCACCAGAAGUGCCGACGCCCGACUUGUUUCCGAUUACACUCUACUACCGUCCUCCGAAGCCUGAGCAAUCUGCCGAAAUGGUCCUUGCCUUGCGCCAGCGACAGGCAUACGAGGCCUUGACACCAACUCAACGCCGUGGUCUCUCAGAAGUGCAGCGCCAACUGGAGCGUGCCUACUCUUCAGAGAGCAACGACUUACUGGACCGUGCCAUGCGCCUCGCGCAUUCCCUUGGCCUACCACUCGGGACUGCUGGGCUGCCCGUCUCCUUGAUGCCAGAGUCCGUUUGCUUCCCGAAAGGCAACGAGCCCUUGCUAUACGACGGGCAUCUUUACUCGAUGCAGUCAACAUCCAUGCUGGUCUUCGAUCCUCCAGACUUCAGCGUACCCAUGGGAAUUUGGAAUGCGCAGCGCCAGCGCGUGGAUCCCGCCGUCAUGCAGAAUGAUGAUGCUGGACGCACUGACAUCAUCCACUUCGGCAAGACCUUUCACAUGCUGGAACAGGGGCAUGUGAUCGAUCCCGAUUCUCAGCAGGUGGUUGGGAUGAUACGGCCUAUGACCGGUGACUUCGAGUUCUUUCAUCCCAUUCCUCUUCCUGUGGCUGACUUCAUGAUGCGGCGUGGCUUUCGGCUCGAGGCUCCUUCUGCAAGGCUCACCAACGGUCCUUUUGUGUCGCUGAGCUGCAAGAUGCUGCAAGCGGCCUGCAUCUCGGGAAGUCCUGCUAUCCCGUACAGUGCAGCUUUCGCUGCUUUGAUGCGGCGUACGUGCGGAAAGGUGGAAGAUGACGACGGAAUCCCGGUGUGUGCCCCAAGCGAUGAACUUCACUUGCAGAUGCAGGCUGCUGGCAAUGCAAAAGCGUUGAAGUAUGCCCCAAUUGAACAGCGUGGUAACAAAGACGUGAUGAUCCAAGCAAUGCGCCAGGGACAGGGCCCACAGAGUUGGAAGAUCAUGCUUUGUGGAACGCAAGAGAUCCUAGAAGACCGGGAUGUUCUUUCCGAAGCAGUGAAACAGGACUACUCUGCUAUGGCCUAUGCGUCCAACUACUACAGUGACCGCAACUUUAUGCUGCAGGCAGUGCAGCAGCAUGGAGUGGCUUUGCAAUAUGGCACCGAGGAGAUCCGUGCAGAUCCAGACCUUGCCUACAUGGCUGUGAAGGCAAGCUGGCGGGCGCUGGAGAACGUUUCGGAGAAGCUCCGCGGGUCCUCGCGCAUCGUCCGAGAGGCCGUGAAGCAGUGCUGGCAAGCCUUGGAGUACGCUUCAGAGGAGCUCCAGGAUGACAAGGAUGUGGUCAACCUGGCCGUGAAGCAAACCUGGCGUGCGCUCCAGUUUGCCUCUGGUCGUCUGCGGGGCGACGCAGCCUUCAUGUUGAAAGCAGUGGCCCAAAGUGUCGACGCCCUGCAUUUUGCUAACGAUCUGCUUCUCGGCGAUGCCGACUUCAUGAAGCAGGCUGUGCAGCUUGACGGCAUGGCUCUUCGCUUUGCUGCAGAAGAUGUUGUCGACCGGGAUUUGGUUCUGGAGGCUGUGAGGACAAAUUGGCAUGCACUUCAGCAUGCCCCUGAUGGUCUACGUGCAGACAGGGCAGUGGUUCUGGAGGCCGUCCGGCAGCAUCAUUCUGCGUUGAAGCUGGCAUCUCCCGAUGCGCUGCUGGAUGAGGAGCUGAUCUUUGAGGCAGCCAGGCGGCGACCAGACUUGCUGCGCAGCUUGCCGGAUGAGCCUCGGUCCAGCAGAGGUCUCAUGAUGCGAAUGGUCAAGUUGCACCCGAUGUCCCUUCAAUAUGCUGCAGAUGGAAUCCGCUGCGAUGAGGAAAUAGUCCUGGAGGCUUUGCGGCGGAACUGGAGAAGCUUUCAAUUUGCUGCGCCGGAGCUGAAGUCCUCGCAGCGGUUCCUACUGCAGGCUGUGCAGCGCGAUGCUCUGGUUCUAUCCCUGGCUGAUGAGGAACUUCGGAAGGAUCCGCAGAUCGUCUGCGAAGCUGUGGAACGGGAGUGGGAAAUGCUUCAGCAUGUCUCCGAGGAGCUUCGGGGCAAUCGCACCUUCAUGAUGGAAGCUGUGGGCAUCGAAGGUAUGUCGCUGAAGUAUGCUUCAGCAGAAUUGAGCCACGAUCGUGAACUCGUGGUGGCAGCAAUUGGGAAUUCUGGGCAAGCGCUGGAGUUUGCUGCUCAAGAGCUCCGCUCCGAUCCUGAGAUGGUUCUCAUGGCCAUUCGCCAGGACUUUGAGGCCGUUUGCCACGCUCAUGAAGCUUUGGCCGGUGACUUCUCGUUUAUGUUCAGAGCAGUUCGAGUGGAUGGACGUGCCUUGAAAGGUGCAACAAUUGAGCUGCAAGCUGAUCCGGACUUGGUCUUGGCAGCCGUGCAGCAAAACUGGCGAUCGCUAGGCUACGCUAACAGGGCUCUGCGUGCAAACCUGGACUUCAUGCUGCAAGCAGUUGGCGUCGAUGGCUUUGCCCUGGCCAUGGCGGCCGAGGAGCUAUGGAUGCAUCCACAGCUUCUUGCAGCUGCAGCGCAGGAUCGUGACUGCCCGCAGGAUUCUGCAAGUCUCGAGGAGCAUGAACCUGAAGUUGGAACCGAUCUGCGGCAACUACUGCGGCAAGCUCGGCCCAAUUGGUCGGAAGCAGACUUGCAGUCAGCGGAGCAGAAGCUGUCUGUCAUCGGUGUCACGACGGUACCGCUUCUUGCACAGGCUUCUGCCAGCGAUCUGAACGGUCGUUUGCGUGCAGCCGGCCAGAAGAUUUUCACGGCCACGACGGUGAUGGAGUGCGGCUCCCAGACUCUGCACUCGUCUGCUUUCUCCCCAAGCUUCACAGCAAACCCUUUGGCAAACUCUGAACUGUUUGCCGGCCUAUUCCGGCCGUGA